GAUGACAGGUGACGCCUACGAAAUAUUCUUUUUACCUCAGAGUAGAUGAAUUACCGGCGUUGCCAGAUGUAACGGAAUUCCGCUGAUCCAAUAGUGACGUAAUAAAAUAUAGAAAAUCAGGAAUCUUGAUUUUUGAAAGUUAUCUAGAUUAUAAGAAUUCACGGCUGUGAAUUUGGCAAUCCUAUAAGUUAAAAACGUAUCCCUGAUGUCAUCAUUGUAUUCAUUGAACAUAAACACAUAUUUUUUCAUUGUUGUUGUAGCAGAAUUUCACCAUAAUGUGUUGCAAAUUUCUUAGUUUUGGCUCUGACAACGCUGGAAUCAGCAAAUAUCAAAAGUGACCACAUGUUGAAAAAGACUAUGGAAAUAUGAUUCAUCUGUAAUCUGUUUAGAUAAUACGAUUGAUCCAAAUUCUACAAAUAUAUUAUUUAAACUUGCAGCAAUAAUUGUUCAUUAUAACAGUUUAGUGAAUAGUAAUGUUGUCGUGUUAAUAUGGUAGCAUUUUGCCCUUUUUGUUCAAAUAUAUUAUUCGUGGAAGAAAAUAUUGGUGGGAAAUUGCAAUUCAUCUGUAACGUUUGUCCAGUAUUUUUCCCUGUGAAUAAAUUGAUAACCUACAGGAAUUACUACAGACUUAAGGAAAUUGAUGAUGUGCUAGGUGGAGAAGAAGCUUGGAAAAACGUGGAUUCGACAGAAGCACGUUGUCCACAGUGUGGCCAUGACAAAGCUUAUUUUAUGCAACUACAAACUAGAUCCGCAGAUGAACCGAUGACAACUUUCUAUCGAUGCUGUAACAAAGAUUGCAACCAUAACUGGCGCGACUAGUGUACUAAAUGAUAAUUUUUAAAAAGACAUUCAGGGUUUUCAAACAUAGUUUAUCAUAUGUUACAUAUGCACCCAUUCACCCUAUGGCUCUUCACAUAAAUUAUAUGAAAGAUCCAUCAGCAGAAGACGUUGCUGUAGGUUACUUGAAAUCAGGAUCGGUUAUUGCAGUACCUACAGAUACUGUUUAUGGCUUAGCGUGCGAUGCAACAAAUGUAUCAGCAAUAAACAAGUUAUAUAGUAUCAAAAAUAGGAACAAAAACAAACCGCUUGCUAUUUGUUUGAAUCAAGUAAGUGAACUUGAAUUGUGGGCUGAAGUUCAUCAUCUUUCCAGCAAAAUCCUACAUGCUUUAUUGCCAGGCCCUUACACAUUAGUCCUGAAAAGCACUAACAACCUAGAUGCAUCAUUAAUCUUGAAAGGUAACAUUGGUAUAAGGAUACCUGACUAUCCCUUCAUCAGGCAUAUUUCUGGUCACUUGGGCAAACCAAUAGCUCUGACUAGUGCAAACUUGAGCAAUGAGCCUAGUGCAACUGAAAUUCUGGAAUUUAAAUCAAUUUGGGAUCAGAUACCUGUCAUUUUCGAUGGAGGUAAAUUAAGUAACGACAGGGCAUCUACUGUUGUAGAUUUAACAGAACCAGGCUUAUUUAAGGUAAUACGAAAAGGUGCUGGAUACCUGACAAUGCUUAACAUUUUUAAAGAAUUUGGCUUAGAGAUGAUAGAAAGUUGAAGGACAUCCAUCAUCAUGAAUAAGUUAUUGAAGAGCGUAAGAUCAGCUAACUCCAGCAAAGAUGACUUUAUAAAACAAUCUAUUAUGACAGAAUUGUCCAAUAGUGUUAAACAAAUACAGUACUCUGGACUAGAUGAUAAUAGAUCAAUGAAACCUGAAGAAGUUCUAGAAGCUGCAAGUAAUUUGUGUAAUAUUAUUGAAGCAAUGUUUUUACAUGGUCUAAAGGAUACAAUGUCAUUACGGUUUAAAAGGGUUCUAGCAGAUAUAGAUGAGAGGCCAGAGCCUUCAUUUUGGUCUCCACUUCUCAUAAUUUCACAUAAACAAAUUAUAAACCAGAUUACAAAUUUAUCCCAGAUUAUUACAGAAGUGGGCCAAUGCCGGGCUUGGAUCCGUUUAGCGCUAAAUGACUGCCUUCUCUCAUCCUACUUGAUGACUUUACGUCAAGAUUCAUCCGUCUUGAAAUCAUACUACAAAACAGAAGCUUACAUACGCGAUUGCGAACUAUUAGAAGUGGCUCAACGUUUAAUAGAAGGCGUUGAAGCCUUUAAAACGUUUACCUUACCAUUCAAUUCUAGUCUUUUAAACACUUGGCCUAUGCCAAGCCUGUUUUUGUCCGGCAUAUGGGCUCCAACGAUGAAAUCAUGUCCCAUAGCGCCUUGUGAUGACGUUGCCCAAGCCAUAACCGAGGCCUCUACCCCUGCCGAUAAUACUUCUGAUACUGUGUCUCUGAGCUCUGCUAUUUCAAUCACUUCACAAAGCUCAGGAGUUAAGCAGAUUGUAGCAUUGACAGAAGAUGAGGUGUUGAAGAUCAUUUUAGAGAAAGAUAAUGAUAAGGACGAGAGAGAACGUCCCAGUAGCUCCAAUGAUGGGUAUGGCUCUAUGGAUAAGUCUUCUGGUGACUCAGAACUGGAAAGGAACAAUGAAUCUGAGAAUAAUGUUACCUACAAUGUAAAUAUUGGUAAUUCAUUGAAUAGAAGAUCCGGUUGGUCUUUUGAUGAUACGCGAAACAAUAUGAUCACAGAAGAGCCUAGGUCACAGUUAGAAGAGUCAAAUAAAAGAAAAAGCAGUGAGCCAAAAUCGAUGGAAGCAAGUUACAAUGCUCUGAUCGAGAGCUAUAAUAUGUUGAGUGGGGGAUUUAUAAGGACACCCGAUAUUCGGGAAGUCUGGCAGAAGUUUGAGGAUGAAAGAAAGGAAUAUGAUGUUACAACUGAUGAAAUUGAUGAUGUGCUAGGUGGAGAAGAAGCUUGGAAAAACGUGGAUUCGACAGAAGCACGUUGUCCACAGUGUGGCCAUGACAAAGCUUAUUUUAUGCAACUACAAACUAGAUCCGCAGAUGAACCGAUGACAACUUUCUAUCGAUGCUGUAACAAAGAUUGCAACCAUAACUGGCGCGACUAGUGUACUAAAUGAUAAUUUUUAAAAAGACAUUCAGGGUUUUCAAACAUAGUUUAUCAUAUGUUACAUAUGCACCCAUUCACCCUAUGGCUCUUCACAUAAAUUAUAUGAAAGAUCCAUCAGCAGAACACGUUGCUGUAGAUUACUUGAAAUCAGGAUCGGUUAUUGCAGUACCUACAGAUACUGUUUAUGGCUUAGCGUGCGAUGCAACAAAUGUAUCAGCAAUAAACAAGUUAUAUAGUAUCAAAAAUAGGAACAAAAACAAACCGCUUGCUAUUUGUUUGAAUCAAGUAAGUGAACUUGAAUUGUGGGCUGAAGUUCAUCAUCUUUCCAGCAAAAUCCUACAUGCUUUAUUGCCAGGCCCUUACACAUUAGUCCUGAAAAGCACUAACAACCUAGAUGCAUCAUUAAUCUUGAAAGGUAACAUUGGUAUAAGGAUACCUGACUAUCCCUUCAUCAGGCAUAUUUCUGGUCACUUGGGCAAACCAAUAGCUCUGACUAGUGCAAACUUGAGCAAUGAGCCUAGUGCAACUGAAAUUCUGGAAUUUAAAUCAAUUUGGGAUCAGAUACCUGUCAUUUUCGAUGGAGGUAAAUUAAGUAACGACAGGGCAUCUACUGUUGUAGAUUUAACAGAACCAGGCUUAUUUAAGGUAAUACGAAAAGGUGCUGGAUACCUGACAAUGCUUAACAUUUUUAAAGAAUUUGGCUUAGAGAUGAUAGAAAGUUGAAGGACAUCCAUCAUCAUGAAUAAGUUAUUGAAGAGCGUAAGAUCAGCUAACUCCAGCAAAGAUGACUUUAUAAAACAAUCUAUUAUGACAGAAUUGUCCAAUAGUGUUAAACAAAUACAGUACUCUGGACUAGAUGAUAAUAGAUCAAUGAAACCUGAAGAAGUUCUAGAAGCUGCAAGUAAUUUGUGUAAUAUUAUUGAAGCAAUGUUUUUACAUGGUCUAAAGGAUACAAUGUCAUUACGGUUUAAAAGGGUUCUAGCAGAUAUAGAUGAGAGGCCAGAGCCUUCAUUUUGGUCUCCACUUCUCAUAAUUUCACAUAAACAAAUUAUAAACCAGAUUACAAAUUUAUCCCAGAUUAUUACAGAAGUGGGCCAAUGCCGGGCUUGGAUCCGUUUAGCGCUAAAUGACUGCCUUCUCUCAUCCUACUUGAUGACUUUACGUCAAGAUUCAUCCGUCUUGAAAUCAUACUACAAAACAGAAGCUUACAUACGCGAUUGCGAACUAUUAGAAGUGGCUCAACGUUUAAUAGAAGGCGUUGAAGCCUUUAAAACGUUUACCUUACCAUUCAAUUCUAGUCUUUUAAACACUUGGCCUAUGCCAAGCCUGUUUUUGUCCGGCAUAUGGGCUCCAACGAUGAAAUCAUGUCCCAUAGCGCCUUGUGAUGACGUUGCCCAAGCCAUAACCGAGGCCUCUACCCCUGCCGAUAAUACUUCUGAUACUGUGUCUCUGAGCUCUGCUAUUUCAAUCACUUCACAAAGCUCAGGAGUUAAGCAGAUUGUAGCAUUGACAGAAGAUGAGGUGUUGAAGAUCAUUUUAGAGAAAGAUAAUGAUAAGGAUGAGAGAGAACGUCCCAGUAGCUCCAAUGAUGGGUAUGGCUCUAUGGAUAAGUCUUCUGGUGACUCAGAACUGGAAAGGAACAAUGAUUCUGAGAAUAAUGUUACCUACAAUGUAAAUAUUGGUAAUUCAUUGAAUAGAAGAUCCGGUUGGUCUUUUGAUGAUACGCGAAACAAUAUGAUCACAGAAGAGCCUAGGUCACAGUUAGAAGAGUCAAAUAAAAGAAAAAGCAGUGAGCCAAAAUCGAUGGAAGCAAGUUACAAUGCUCUGAUCGAGAGCUAUAAUAUGUUGAGUGGGGGAUUUAUAAGGACACCCGAUAUUCGGGAAGUCUGGCAGAAGUUUGAGGAUGAAAGAAAGGAAUAUGAUGUUACAACUGAUGAUGACCAGUCACCAGUGAAAGCAGAAGUAACAAGUGCUCAUAUAAUGAAAACAACUGCAAACUCAUUGGCUGUCCAGGUUGGUAGGAUAGCAAGAGAAAAAGGAUUGAAUGCGCAAGAUUAUAUGUGUAGUGAGUGUAAGCAACUCUUAGAGGUAAACCAGAAACCAAACGUUUGUGCCUUCACAGGUGAUUAUUUUUGUGAUGACUGUAUGAGUUUUGAACAGAUACCUGUACCUGCCAGAAUAAUCCAUAAUUGGGACUUUAAAGCAUAUCCUGUAUCGAAGCGAGGAUCAAAAUACAUAGAUGAAAUCAAAGAUUGUCCGGUGAUUGAUUUUAAAGUGCUGAAUCCUUAUAUCUAUAGUGUUGUUGAAGAAAUGGCUCAGUUGCAAACUUUGAGGAACCAGUUGAAUUUCUUAAGAGCAUAUUUGUAUACUUGUCGAGAACCGGUCAUAGAACAGUUACAGAAAAUGAUGUGGCCUCGAGAAUAUAUGUACGAACAUAUACACCAAUAUUCUAUAAUGGACCUAGCUGAUAUAACCAAUGGCGUGCUUGCCCAGCAGUUACAGAAGGUUGUGACAUUUGGAAAGGACCACGUGGCCAAUUGCUGGUUGUGUAGCCAAAAAGGCUUUGUGUGUGAAGUGUGCCAUAAGCCCAAAGCCUUAUUUCCCUUUGACGUGGAAAACGUAUUCCGCUGUUCGGUGUGUUUCGCGGUAUAUCAUAAAUCGUGUUUGAAUUCUCUAAAACCGUGCCCGAAAUGUGAGAGGAGGAAAAAACGGGAUGAAUUACCAUUAUUGGGUGCUGUUGUUAAUAGUGAUCGAUUAGGUUGUUACUUAUGUAUAAUAUAUUUCGUCGAUUUAGUUCUUUUUUAAUCAUUGUUUUUUAUGCAUCACUAUGAUGACACACAAUAUGACUUUUAUCAUCGCAUGCUCAGUUUUUACCAUGUGAAGAAAUCUUGAAAAAUGUCGAUAUGUUGUAACUUUUAGCAUUAUCCCUCAGUUUUCGAUCACGAUCUGUUGCUUGUUUUAUAAAUUUUACUUUGUAUGGUGCAUUUUUUGUUCUUUUUUUACCAUUUGAAGAAAUCUUGAAAAAUAUCGAUAUGUUGUAACUUUUAGCAUUAUCCCUCGGUUUUCGAUCACGAUCUGUUGCUUGUUUUAUAAAUUUUACUUUGUAUGGUGCAUUUUUUGUUCUUUUUUUACCAUUUGAAGAAAUCUUGAAAAAUAUCGAUAUGUUGUAACUUUUAGUAUUAUCCCUCAGUUUUCGAUCACGAUCUGUUGCUUGUUUUAUAAAUUUUACUUUGUAUGGUACAUUUUUUGUUCUUUUUUUACCAUUUGAAGAAAUCUUUAAAAAUGUCCAUAUGUUGUAACUUUUAGCAUUAUCCCUCAGUUUUCGAUCACAAUGUUGGUUGUUUUAUAAAUUUUACUUUGUAUGGUACAUUUUUUGUUCUUUUUUAGCAUUUGAAGAAAUCUUGAAAAAUGUCGAUAUGUUGUAACUUUUAGCAUUAUCUCCUAGUUUUCGAACACGGUCUGUUGCUUGUUUUAUCAUUUUUACUCUUUAU